UUAACAUCUCGUCCUUAGUUCGGGUCGGGCUCCGCCAUCUUGGCCAGUCUAUCAGCUCUCUUAUCGUAUUUAUAAUGUCAACGAAUUUAUAAACAAUCCGACGUCGGGAAAAGGUCGGGCUGUUUCUCCUUCGACUCGGUCCCAAUUCGAGUGUGACUCAAAAUAGGAUGAAUUGAAAUGAAAGCGUCCCGAGAUGAUAUUUCUCAUGUAGCCCCCUGGAACUGUGCUGGAAAGUGUAUCGUCUGCCUACAUACUCAAUUCCUCGACCUCAACGUAUCCGUUUCUUCGUUUUGAACCGUGUCUCGUCGAAUCGGAUCCGUCGUCGCUUUUAGGAUUGACGCAAAAAUGGUUUGCAGACCGAUUCCGAGCGAUAAGAUUAACCUCAGAUUGAUAUUAGUCAGUGGAAAAACAGAAGAAUUUCUGUUUAACCCAAAUGAUUCGGCAGGAGAGAUAGCCCAGCACGUGUUUGAUAACUGGCCAGAAGACUGGGCAGAAGAAGCUGUUGCAAAAGCAGAAAUUCUUCGACUUAUAUACCAGGGACGCUUCCUGCAUAGCAAUGUUACUUUAGGUGCUCUUGGCUUACCGUUUGGUCGCACCACCGUAAUGCAUCUAGUGCCGCGAGAGAAUCUUCCAGAGCCAAAUUCCCAAGAUCAGCGGCAAAAAAGCAAAGGCGGGGGAAGCAGCUGUUGUUCCACGUCAUGCUGCAUUCUUUAGAUAAAAUAUAUUAUUUUACAGAUUAAUCCAUGUCUAUGUGUUUUGUUUGUUCAAAUAAAACAUUCAAAAAAUUCCAUGCAUAAUUAUUACUUGUAUGUAUAUAAAUAUUGUAUUAUAUUCAAAAGGUUUUUAAAUUUCGGUGUAUUUCUUCCAAGUAACCAUGACAUGGGCGAUGGGGUCAUAACCCCGAGACUUGAACUAUUUAUACUGUUGUGAUAUUCAAAUAGAAUACAAUUUUUAAUAAUAUAAAAUUAUUAAAAAAAAGAAACAUUUAGAAAGUUUUCAUACUAAAUAAAUAAAUAUAUAUAUGAUAAUAUAUUUAUUUAUGUAUUUAUUUAUUUAUUCAAUUAAGUUCUGUGCGUUAUAGUACGGUAUUAAAAAAAAGUUUUAAGAAGUAUAGUAUCUGUUUUUUAUAUAUCAUGUUUUAUCAUUAAAAAGAAAAUUUAUUUACCUAAUGUUUAUGAAAAGUUUUAUGAAUAUUAGUUAAAUUGUGAACAAAACUUUUAAAUAUUUGAGUGAUUUUGCUGGGCAUAAGCAAAAAUGUUUGAUAUGCUUACGUAUUUUCUAGAUUCUUUAAGUACCAAAACUAGACAAUAAUUAUAGACAGUUAAUUUAACCACCCUCCUUUUUUUUCCAGAGCGCAUUUUAUUUUGUGGUAGUUUUCACAUUUGUAAUUUAAAUCAGAAAAAAUAGCCGUACAUUUUUAAUAUAAAUUGAAGAACGUUUUUAUUUACAGUGUUUUUCUUGUAUAUAAAUUUUACAUAAUUUGAAAAUUAAAUUUUAGCAUAAUAUUAGCACCAAACUGUACAUAUGCCUGAUAAUAUAAAAGAUUAGCAUUUUCCUUUAUUUGCUAUUUAUUCUCUUAACAUUUCUAAAUUUUUUUGUACAUGUUUUUAUAUGUAUGUUAAAUUGCUUUAAAACAUUCCAAAGUAUUUACAUUUUUUUAACAUUAAUUUUAGUGUUUUUUUAACUGUCUAUAAUAAUUGUUAAAAAUAUUGGUUGUUUGUGUAACUGUAGGUUAUACACAACUGUGAUUUGUAUUUUAUUAAUAACUGUGUAUAUUGAUGUUUCUAUAAAUUGAAUGUUAUAACGUUUUAAUUUAUAUUAUCGAUAAUUAAUGUAACGCGUCUUCAAAGGCGUUACUUUGAUGUAAGUAUUUUACGAAUAGGAUAAAUAUUAUUUAUAUUAACAUAAAAAAUAUAUAAGUAUUUAAUAUGUAAAUAAACGUGUUAUGAUACAAAUUUUAUUUUUAAUAUUAACUCUAAAGUCUAUAAUUGUUAUUUUCCCCCCUGUAUUAUGUGAAGUCCAAAGAAUUCGCUGAAUAAUACUUAAAUGUGUGUCUAAUGGAAUUUAUAUGGAAUUAUGUUAAAAUCCGGGUUUGAAAAUGAGAUUUAAACUCUUAUUUGCUGUCAUGUAUAUAUAUAU